AUGGAGCUGCACACCAAGAGCUCUGCAGUGCCCCUCGAGGCAGCAGAUAAGCUCAAGGCGGGGCCUCCGCCCCUUUCUACUCCGCACAAGUCCCCGAACGAGCCCUUGACUGCUGCGCUGCAGGAGCUGCAGCGGGAGCUGCUGGGCGUGGUGAAGAGCAACAGAGACCUCUCGGACUGCCUUUGCUGCACUCGGCAGCGGCUGAGAGCAGCAGAAGAGAGCCGCAUGCAAUUAGCAGCAGAUUUGCGGUGUCUGUACACCCGGCUGAGCUCGACUGUGGCUGCCUUCGACGCCAAGCACAAGGCAGCAGCAGCAGCAGCAGCAGCAGCAGACAGCUGCAGCAACAAGGCUGCUGUCGAGCAGCUGCUAGACCUCGCAGACUUCCUCCACCUCAAGCUGCAGCUGCUGCUGCACAACCACCUCACCCUCGACCAGCAGGGGGGCCCCCCAGAGGGGCCCCCGCAGCAGCAGGGACCCCCACAGCAGCAGGGGCCCCUGCAGCAGCAGGGGCCCCUGCAGCAGCAGGGGCCCCCGCUGCAGCAGGGGGCCCCGCUGCAGCAGGGGCCCCUCUCUCCGAUGACCACCCGCUGCAGCAGCAGCAGCAGCAGCAUUACCAACAGCAGGAGGAGCAGCGGCAGCAGCAGCAGCUGCUACAGCAGCAGCAGCAGCGCUACGAUGAAGUACUGA